AUGGAUCCAAACGCUGGGUCUUUUGAGCUGGGACUAGAUCGCAUACUGAGGGAAGAGGACGGAUUGAGUGAAGAGGGUGCAAAGAACUCGUUGUUGGGUAGAUUGCAAGGUAGAUUGCAACAGUUGGGUUUGGGAGGAGAGACGCGGACGGGGUCGGAACGGCGUGGGUUGAGCUUGCAGUGGGGGCAGUCGGUGCAGGGAGCUCAGCUACAACUAUUAAAUUCCUCUCAGCUACCGUCAUCAAUUCCAGCACAGGCUACCUUUCAAGGAAACUAUAAUCAGAGCCAAACAUCCUACAAUUGGGCACAGCCAGCACAGCCACUGGGAUACCUCCCUCCUUCUGCAUUUCUGGCGAGAAACUUCAACGGCUUGCCACUUACCGUUGGAUCUCCGAUAGUAGGAGAAAGGCGCGAGCCAGUUGAGGAUAUACAAAAAGAAAUUCUCGAGCUUGAGGAACAGGUUGAACAAGAGUAUAAAGAAUUUUGCUAUCAUCGCUCGAUACGACACGGCAGAAAAGUUAACCUCGAUAAUCUCAAAGAGUACAUCGCUGUACUUGAACAGAGUCUGUUUAACACAUGCCAACGAAAUCAACAACUCCAAAUCAAGCUCUUGUUCGGCGCAGAUAUCGGAGAUCAAUUCGAAAAGUUGGUUGCAAGACAAUUGACACACGUGUUACCAACAAUAGAACAGAGGUAUUUGAGGCGUAAUUGGAAGCCAAUACGCGGUGGAAAACGUCCUCUACCCCGAUUUCCACCUGGCGGUCCUAUAUAUUUGAACAGGGCACCGAAACUAUUCAAGAUUCAAAUCAAGAUUGUGGUCAAAGUCUACACGAUCCUCGAAGGUAGUUUGUGUGUCUGCAAAAUUACCGAACAGGAAUACGAACACAGCAUUGACGUAGCAUCAGUUCACGAACUACAAGAAUACCAAUUUGAAAAAGUUUGCACUGAAACCGAGUACUAUUCUAUUGGUCUUCCCGUCUAUAAUAGAUUUUUGCCUACUACCAGAGAAGGGGUGAAGAUUGCGGUUCGGAGCUUCGCUCGUGUUAUAGAGAGAUUAUCGUACUUUUUUUGUUUUGAUCCUCCAUUGAGUCCAGACGCUGUACGUUUGGAGAACCCAGUAGCGAAGGAUAAGGAUCUGGGUAAGUGGAUGGUACUGAUUGUCCUGGGCCCUGAAAAUGGACAUGCUGGAUCGAUAUUUAUAUUGACAUACUGA